UGUCAAUUAAAAUUGUUUACGCGUCGCUUUUUGUCCCUUCGCAUAGUUCCCACCUAUCGUGCGUGUAGUUUUUAAAAGUUUUACCCGGAUUUACCAUGUAGAUUGUUCAAAUAUGCAUUCCAACCCAAUGUCACAACUUCCCCCGAGGCUUACAUCCAUGGUACAGUACGGCGUCCUGAUCGUGCUGUCCACGCUGUGCUACUUCUUCACCCGAAGGGGCGAGUUCGUCUUCGACGACUCGGUGGCCGUGGUCAAGAACGUGGACGUGCUGGAUGCUAGCACUCCGUGGGACCGGCUGAUGCGGCACGACUUUUGGGGUGCCAAUCUGACCGACAAGAACAGCCACAAAUCGUUCCGGCCGCUGACGGUGCUGAGUUUCCAGCAGGAGGUGCGGCUGUUCGGGCUGGAUGCGACCCGGAUGAAGACCACCAAUUGGGUGUUGCACACGGUGGUGGGGGUGUUGCUGCCGAGGUUUUUUCGGCUGGUUAGUUGGAAGAGGCCGGGUAGCGCGUGGGGAGUGGAGUACUUGGCUGCGGUGCUGUUUGUGGUGCAUCCGAUUCACACGGAAGCGGUGGCAGGGAUUGUGGGUCGAGCUGAACUGUUGACCACCGUGGGAUUCCUACUGGCUGUGAUGAUUUAUGGGAGUUUGUUUGGAGGUAAGUUUUCUUUAGAAGUUGAAUAGUGUUUCUUUUUUGUUUAUUUUCAGGAUUGUCAGCAUUCGUACCGCGAAAACGUGUUACAAUUGGUGAAGAAUGUAUAGGAAUUU